UCACGGUGGCGGAUCUGCUCACGAGUUUAUUCGACUUCGGUACGUUCUCGCGCGCGCAAACGGUAUGCUGCAAAGCGCCCUGUUCCCAGACGUGCUCGAGGCACUGGCCAAGUAGCAGUAGCGACCUUCUUGUGUAUUUUUUUUCUCCCUAAAGUUGACUAAGAACAACGAUUUUGCACUGUUUUGGUGAAAAAGGGUUAAGAAAGGGAAAACUAUCCUGAUGAAAUUCCUUGUAGGAAACAGUUUUUAUCUCAUUUUUGCUGUGAAUUGCUGAUUAAAGAGUCAAAACGUGGAAUAGUGAAUUUCCUUCGUGCGCAAAAUUUAAACCCUGCCCUGCCCAAACAUCGUGCGAGCGCUUGUGUUUGUGUGUGUGUUUGUGCGUGAAAAGUGUGUCCCAUUUCCUAACCAAAUGCAGAGGAAAAAGUGUUUCGUGUGAAAAUUAAACCAACCGAGAAGGAAAAAGGAUAUCGCAACCUUCGCGCAAUCAGUCGAAAAACACCCACAGCAGCAGUGUGCGUAUGUGUGUGUGUGUGUUUACGUGAGUCCAGUUUUGGUGAGCGAAUUUAAUCGAUUCCGUUUCGUGCAUCAACCAAAAGCCCCGUGUGGGUGAUUUUUCCAACAACCCGCCGGAGUGUGUUGUGUGCAGUAAAUGGUGGAAAAAUUGUGAUUCCGCGUGAUUUGUGCGAGAAAAAAAAGUGAAUAUCAUACGUGUGUGAGUGUGCAUUUAUAUGUAUGUGUAUGUGUGUGUGUGUGUGUGUGUGUGAAUGUGUGAUAAGGAGUGAAACAAAAUCACAUCAACUCACCCCGGGAAAUCAAACGGGAAAACGCGCUGCUCUCUGUGUGUGCCAGCGCGUCGCCAACAGGCACCGUUGACGGGAGUUAGACAAGAUGCCUUCUGAACGCGCACAGUAGGCGACGAACCCCACAGUGGCGGCGGAACAUACGCUUUUGUGCUGCAUCGGUGUUGCAAGUUUUUCGAGACAUGUCACUUCCAAAAAAGGGCUUCAAUUUUUGUGUCCUGCAUCGAAUCGUACCAAAGCGGUCACACUGCGGUGUCAUCUGCAGAGCGAAAGACAAGCUCCGGAGAAGAAAAAGCACCCUCCCGAGACAUCCCCAAACACCACCACCACCAGCAACCAGCAUUAGAAGACUGUCCGGCAAAAUAUGAAGAUCAACGCGUCCAAGAUGGCGACCCCGAUCGAAGAGAAAGUUGAUCAGAAUCUGAAGACCCGCACCGGGAUGGUGAUGAUCAGCGAUGGCAAAAGCAAACCAGAGCUCGCCCGGCUCCAUCUGUCGAUGGAGAUGAUCACGAUCCAGAAGCAGGACACGACCACACCCGCACCGACGCCCACCAACGCCACACAUCCGCCGAUCGAGUCUAAGGAACGCAUGGUACAGAUCACGCGCCAGAAGGUGGGAGGACUCGGACUCAGCAUAAAGGGUGGCGCCGAACACAAGCUGCCGAUACUGAUAUCGCGCAUCUACAAGGACCAGGCGGCCGACGCAACAGGUCAGCUGUUUGUUGGCGAUGCCAUCAUCAAGGUAAACGGUGAAUACAUCACAGCCUGUCCACAUGACGACGCGGUCAACAUCCUCCGGAAUGCUGGCGAUAUCGUUGUCCUUACUGUGAAGCACUACCGUGCCGCCACACCGUUCCUGCAGAAACAAUUAAGCCGAGAAACGCCCGAAUCGGACAAUGAUGCGACGUGCGCAGAGCUGAAGGCGGACGAAAACUGGAAAUCGGUCAACAGUAGCCGCCCGGUGUCCAUCAGCUCCGAGCCGGAAAAUCGAUGGAUCGACUUGGUUUCGGUGCCGCUGAUGAUGGCAUACGUUACGAGGUACAUCUACGGCACGGACAAGCUGCGGCCGAACGCGUUCGAGGUGCGCGGACUGAACGGGACCACCACCGGCAUCAUACACUGCGACGAUCUGGCCAUCCUCAGCCAGUGGCUCAAGUACAUCACGGACAAUGUGGUUGGGCUGACGAGCCUGCAGAUGAAGCUGUUCAACCGGAACUUCCCCGUCGGCGAACGGAUCGAGUACAUGGGCUGGGUGAACGAGGGCGUCAUCAACAAUCACAUCUCGUGGCAGAGCUACAAGCCCCGCUUUCUGGUGCUGAAGGGUACCGAGGUGAUGCUGUUCGACUCGCCGCCGCUCAACGUGACCGGCCUGGCCAAGGCGAACGUCGCCUACAAGGUGUACCAGACGAUGUUCCGCGUGGUGAAGGAGUCGGAAACGGUCGACUCCCGGCAGCACUGCUUCCUGCUCCAGAGCUCCGGCCACGAGCCGCGCUACCUGAGCGUGGAGACGCGCCAGGAGCUGCUGCGGAUCGAGAACAGCUGGAACGCGGCGAUCGUUACGAGCGUGAUCAAGCUAGGCCGCAAAACGUUCGCCGUCUCCCAUCACGGCAAGACGGGCGGACUAACCCUGGACUGGCAGGCCGGAUUCUCGCUCACGGAAGGAGCCGAAGCGGCCGUCAUCUGGCAGUACAAGUUCUCGCAGCUACGCGGCUCCAGCGACGAUGGCAAAUCGAAGCUGAAGCUCCACUUCCAGGACCACGAGACGCGCACCAUCGAAACGAAGGAACUCGAGUGUCAUGUGCUGCAAAGUUUGCUGUUCUGCAUGCAUGCCUUUCUGACAGCGAAAGUUGCUUCCGUCGAUCCCACCUUCCUGAGCUCGAUCCAGCAAGCCUAGAGACGCGGAAGACGUCCCCAGCGGUCUUCCUUCAGGCGCGGCGGGUAGCCGAGAUGUGCUGCCUACUACACUUUCCCGGCCACCCCCGGAUUGGGGCUGAGACAUUUUACAGGUCCAAAGCGAGAGAGAGAGACACACACAUACACACUGAGACGAAGACGGGAUAUCUUUCCGGACGUCCCGUCUCCCUUUGGUCCAUCGUCUCCCAGCGUCCCAAGCGAUACAGAGCAAUUGUCAACCGAGAGCUUACAGACUUCAACGAAUUCUAACGCAAGAGAAGUGUCAACGCAAUAACGACUAAGUAAAUCCAAAACGCAUUCAUCUGCAGCGAGAAGGGUUUCAGGUGUGGUGAGGUGGUGAUCCCAUCACCUUUGGCCACCUGGACUGGAUGUGGACUACUGCCCCGUUCAAUGUGUGUCGACGGAGACGUUUUUAGCUUUAUCCCAGAGCAUGUAGGCAUUAGUUUAGAUUGUUCAAAAUAUGGCAAAGGUUAGAAAUUAGGUGGCAACCAAUCGCUCCGAACGGGGAAAGAUGGUCGAACGAAGUGGACGUUGGUCUUGGGUGGUAACGAUCCAAUUAAAAGGUUAGGUUUCAUUCGUUGUGAUUGUUGGCUAGUUGUUUAUUGGACUAGAGAGAAGCACGCAUGUAUGAGCAGGUACAUGGAGGUUGCUUUUCCGUGAAGGAUAAGUUUGAGUUUUAAGUUUGUUGGAUAGAUAAACCAUCAGUAAGGAUAUAAACUAGUAAACAGAUGUAACCCACCCUGGCACAAGCAUGUUGAGAUCUUCCCAGCACAAAACAGCAACCUCCAAUGAAUGGACAAUCUCCUUCUCCUUUCCAGUAUGUGUGCGAAUUACUCGAAAUGCACUGACAAUGUUUUCUACGCUCAAGCAGAUCGUUAAGUUUAUCAUUUCAAAGACAGUUUUCAUCAAUUCAAAGCGAGCAUUUAACCAUGGUCACCUUAUUUGGCAAAGUCCACAAUCUAUCCAAUUGUGCUAUUGAUCCAUAACUUCCCUCAGACUGCAGUGAUUGCUCCCGUAUGGGACGACCUCUAGCGUCUCAGUGCGCACUCCCACCCGUGUUUUUAGAUUGAUGGCAGCUAUUUUCGUGAUGAGCUGCUGCUGCUGAUUGUUCCUUCCUUUCUCGGGUCAACCCUUCAUUGCCUGCUAACAUGCGCAACCCGUUCCGCCACCGAUAGGGGACCCCAAUGCUCCCUAAGGUCCUAUAUUUCAACGUGUACCACAGCUACCGGGCAUAGCAUUUACUAAGCAACAGAGACGUGCGAAGUGGGUUACACGGAUUUAAUUGCAAAUUGCCACCAACGGUUGCGUGCACCAAGUAGCUUGGUUGUAUUACUGUGUGGCUACAAGGAGGGUGGUAAUUAUCAAGUCACACAAACAUAGCAUGGUGAACUGGCCCCUUGCACCACAUGAGAGCGAUUCAUGAAGUCCAACUCCAGUGUGGUUUGAUUGAAUAGCAUUGAAUUGAAUAUGGUGAGGCGCAAAAAAAGGGAAAACAAGAACCAUUUUCUUUCCCCCAGUUGGGAUGUCAAAUUGAUACCCCGAGGCGAGUUACAGUUGUUAGUGUUGUGUUCGGAUGGCCGAGAGUAUACACAAUUUAUAUUUACACCGAACACGUAAUAAACAAUACACAAUACUUUAUUACACGAUCAGCCCUUGUGUUCCCGACGGUGUCCCACGAGCGUCUGGCGCUCUCUCGUCUGCUAACCGCUCAUCAGUCACUCAGUGGCUGCAUACGUUCUUAACGCCGAAUAAAGGGAGCCUUCCACUUCGUGACCACAACAGUUAGUUAAUGGAAUGUGUUAUAAAAUGGAAAACCCCAAAAGUCUGUAUCCGAAUUGAAUUUGUGCACUCUUCCUUCGAACUGUACGUCACACCGGAUCCUUUAGAAACAUAAACAAAGCACAUAAAUACAUAGCUACAAUACAGCUACUAGAAGAAAAAAACAGAAAGCUAGGUUAUACUAGACGCACGUGCGCACUCCGAUAUAGUUGUUAAAGUAACGUCUAAACUAGAAGUAAUGGAAACAUCUCUUUCAGUGCCGCAAACCGAGCACACUGAUACCACUGUACCCACCAAAAACGAAAUACAACAAAUUUAAAAAACACACAACCGAACGAAAGCGAUUUAAGCAAAUACCGAUGUUAAAUAGAUAUUAAAUCGAACCCCCCCGAAUGUCUGCCGAGAUCAAAACGUAGAACAAUUUCAUAAUUAACCACACCAACACCUUGUUAGAUAGAUUGUAAAGCAAAACCAAACAUUUAACACAGCAACGAGUGGAAAGAGUUAAGCGUAAAGCAAUGGAGAGAAGAGAGCAAGCAAACAAAUAUACACCUUCAGAUUAACCAAACCAUAACACGUCUAUAACCCAGAAGCGAACUGGAUAUCUAACUCCACUAUACUACUACCACUGCUACCAAUAACUAAUAACACCUGCAAAAAAAAAAACAGCAACAUGCUGCAAAUCCAACAUAUACUUGUAUAUCUAAAUAAAAUAGAAAACCCAAGAAAAACAACAAAAAACUCCACAGACUAGUCAAGAAAUUAUGAAAUCAAAAAUCAAAUUACAAAACUACUAACUUCUUUAGUGAAGAACGCGCCGUUACAUGGAAAAUAGUUAAAACAUGAUGUAUAAACGGAAACAAAAACAUACACACACACGCUGAUACACAUUAAUAUUGGUAACUGUUACAAAACUGUGGGCACAAACUACUUGUAAGUGUGACUAGCAAAGCAGAAUAGCAGCAAACUUGAGUUGGAAUCGAAACAGCAAAUAGCAUAUCAAUUGCUUCAGAUCAGUUCAGACCAACUAAGGAAACACAUUGUAACAACUGUCUUUCCUGUUAGUACUAUUAGCCGGCGCUUGGCAUUUAUCUAUUUGCACUUGUUUUGUUUUUCUUUGUUUUGUUUGUUUCUGGAUUUGAUUCCGUUUCUUUUGCAUCUUUUCUCUCCGUUUUUGCUCUGUGCUUGAGUGACAUGGUUUAUACCUCUGGUUUUGAGUAACAAUAGCUUAUUGGUUACUUUUCAUCUUACUUUUACUUUCUUCUACUGCCUCUUUCUACCUACUUCUACAAACACACUUUCCUGAUCUGCUGUCUUUCUUUUCAUGUCUUUCUCUUAAUUCUAGAUAUAAAACUGCCCUGUUUGCUUUCAGCAAAAUUGAUACACACAGAACAAUGCAACCACAAUGCCAUAUUACAGUGUGAAAAGUACGCUCAAAGGGAGCUCCUGUUAGUUGAUUUUACUUCAUUUUUACCUGAAAUACAGCAAAAAGGCGAAAAAAAUACAUCUAAUUAUAUCGCUUUGUCGCGAAUUACAGUGAGGCAAUUACUUUUAUGUGUCUUAUAUAGAGCAAACACAGAGUGUAAAAUUGAACCAAACUACAAUAUUCCAAUAUGUACCAACACUAUGGGAAGAAAAGUUAAAAGCACGUGAACUGAAAAAAAAUAUAUUAAAAUUUGCUCAUUAGAUCCCGAUUUACCGAAUCUCUUGCUACUUCAUCUGUAAGCAUUGCAGUACUAUUGAGUGAUUUUAUGAGCAUCUUAAUAAUUACACAUUAACACACUCUCGCUGUUCUACCAUUGUUCGCAAAAAUGGUUUAUGAAACUGUCUGUUGAUAUUUGAUUGCUUUAUACUGUGAC